UCUGUUCAACAGUCACAAAAUACAAGCGCACUCGUGGCCUAGUCGCCUAGUCAUUGAAAGCAUCCAAAAUUACGAGUCAUAUUAAUAGUGAAAAUGGCAGAAGGGCAGGAAAACUCGAAAAAAAUUAGCGUAGUGGUGAAAACACCUAAAGAAAAGCAAACCAUCGAAGUUGAAGAUGAUGCGUCCAUUAAAGAUUUUAAAGAUGUGAUUGCUGAAAAAUUUGGUGCUGAACCCGACCAAUUAUGUUUAAUUUUUGCUGGGAAAAUAAUGAAAGAUAGUGAUACAUUACAAACACAUAACAUUAAGGAUGGUUUAACUGUACACUUGGUGAUUAAAACAGCGCCACGACCAGCCGAUGCUGGACCACAAAGACCACCAGCUGAUAUAAGUGCUACGCCAUUCGGUUUGGGCUCAUUGGGCGGUCUUGCCGGUCUAGAAGGAUUAGGAAUGGGUGCACCAAAUUUUAUGGAGUUACAAAAUCGUUUACAAACAGAACUAUUAAGUAAUCCUGAUACAAUGAGACAAGUACUAGAGAAUCCAUUGGUUCGCGCUUUAAUGAAUGAUCCAGAGAAUAUGCGUACAUUAAUUACAUCGAAUCCACAAAUGCGUGAUUUAAUGGAGCGGAAUCCAGAGAUCAGUCAUAUGCUGAAUAAUCCAGAGUUGCUGAGGCAGACCAUGGAGUUGGCGCGGAAUCCAUCAAUGUUACAAGAGUUGAUGCGCAGUCAUGAUCGAGCUAUAUCUAAUCUGGAAAGUAUUCCUGGUGGUUAUAAUGCAUUACAACGCAUGUACCGUGAUAUACAAGAACCUAUGCUAAGUGCUGCCACUGAGCAGUUCUCUCGUAAUCCAUUUUCUGGGCUAGUUGAAAAUACUGAUGGUAGUAAUCCACAACAGGGAACGGAAAAUCGUGAUCCAUUGCCGAAUCCAUGGGCUCCUGGAGGUGGUAGCAGCGGAGGAGCAGCUCGACAACAGCCGCGGCCAGGGACUGGGGUACUCAAUUCACCAGCCAUGCAGAGUUUACUGCAACAGAUGUCAGAGAAUCCCCAAUUGAUGCAGAACAUGAUGUCAGCUCCGUAUACCCAGCAGAUGUUGCAGGCUUUAUCAGCGGACCCGAACAUGGCGAACCAGAUCAUUAACCAGAAUCCACUCCUCGCUGGAAAUCCAACGAUGCAAGAACAAAUGCGGAAUAUGAUGCCACAAUUUUUGCAGCAGCUACAAAAUCCGGAAGUCCAUAAUAUGAUGACAAAUCCACAGGCUUUGAAUGCUUUAUUGCAAAUUCAACAAGGUAUGGAACAGUUAAGACAAGUAGCACCAGGUUUAGUUCCGAAUCUCGGAGGUAUUGGUCCUGUCCCUGCAACAAUUCCAACUCCUACAGGAACAACAACAUCUACAACUAAUACGACAACAUCACCAACGUCUGGAACUACAGCAAGUACACCUGCUAACCAACAAGAUUUAUUUACACAGUUUAUGGCUAGAAUGAUUGGAAGUAUGUCAACAAACGCUGAUCCAAGUCAACCACCUGAGGAACGGUAUAGAGCACAAUUAGAACAACUCACAGCGAUGGGUUUUGUAAAUCGAGAAGCUAAUUUACAAGCAUUAAUUGCUACAUUUGGUGAUAUAAAUGCUGCUGUGGAAAGGUUAUUAGCGCUUGGUCAGCUAUCUAUGAGCUAACCAUAUUAGAUGUUGCCUUAAAAAGUAGUUUUCUUUGAUGCAAAAAUCUGCUCAGUUAAGCAGCACUUUUCAGUUUCUAAUUUCACUACUUUUUUUUUCUUUACAUUUAAUGAAAUACAAAAAAUAUUAAAUCUACAUAAAAAAAA